AUGCAGAACGACAAGGAUGAUUCAAUGGGUCAAGAGCCUUACACCCCUGCUCCUCGCAUUCGCAUCUACUUGAAUCAGGAUGAACAGGGAUCCAACAAACACAAGCGGGCAGCCGCACCUGGCCCAGACCAAGAGAGAUUGGACAAGGCCCGCCAAAACGAAGAAUUUCACAAGCAAGUGGCUUCGGACGCAAGACAACAGCGCCGCGCCGUUCUUGCUGAGAACACGGACCUUCGCAAUCAGCUCGACAAUGCUCUCAACGUGAUGCGCGAUCGUCAAGAGGAAGUGGCCCGAUUGCACAGGCUGAUUGAGCAGGGACGGACAUUGAUUUCGCAGAUGGCGCACGAUGGUGGAAACUUCCAAUCUCAAUUGGCACGUGGCCAAGAGCAAGUCGAUUCCUUGGUGAACCGUGUUGCUACUGCACAGAACCAGGUGGCGGAGGCAUCAGCCGAAGCACUUCGGUUGCAAGAGACUCUGCGCGCGCGAGACCACCAAGUUAACCAGCUUAUUGCUGAGGUUCAGGAGCGAGAAGACGAGGUGGAGAGUCUGCGCCUGCAGAUCAAGCAGAACGGGCGUGCCAAGACCCAAGUCGGGCAAGCAAAACGAGGUGGUCGCGUCAGCAAGGAGUUCUUCCCGCCCGGCAGGCCCAAUUUGCUGGAUCUUGCAAUGGAUCCAGCUCCACUCCCGGGUCCGUCAUUGGACGCGCCCCGCAAUCCCGUUAUGGAGGAUUUCGCAGCGAAAUUGGAUGUGGAUCCCGACUUGCUGGCCAAAUUUGUGACGGCGAUGAAGCUGAUGAAUGGGGAGACCGCCCAUAUCAACGUGAGUCCGGGGAAAUCCACCCAGCGUCGCAAAGCCAGUCGGAAAUCCGAUGCAAAAGCGGUGGUUGAGCCAGAGACACAGGAGCUAGUGAACAAGGCACAUGCUCUGAUGCGCGAAAUGACUUACGCCAGAUUCGGAGUCAAACAAGCGACAGAUUUUAUCUUCCAUAUCCCCGCUACGGAAGAAGAAGUCGAAGAAUUCGCUCAGGAUGAUGAAGCCGCAUUCCAGAGAUAUCAGUUUGACUUCGGCGUGGACUACAAGUCCUCCGCAUGGAAUGCUGCGGUAAUGGAGAGACUCGUUGCUGACGUUGUUAGGGAGGACUCGCUCAAUAUGCGAUAUAUCCAGAAAGAACUCAUAUCGCCAGAGUACCUUGGAUACAUCCUGGCAGAACAGCUCGUGCGCUACCGCGCGGACUGGAAGCAAUUUCAGCCCAAGUGGGAUGAGGAGAAGGGACGUGUGGAGACGGAGGCAGAAGCGGUUGCUUGUGGCAAGAUCGUCUUAUUCAAUCGACGAGUCUCGUCCCGAACCGUCAAUGGUCAGCACAUGUUGCGUAAAUUCGACCAUCGCCGCAACACAGUGACAGCAACAAUCGCACUGAAGGAGUCCGAAGGUGCGGACGAUCUUGCAACAUGGGAGAGAUUGCUGGAGAUACUGGAUCUCCUUGGGGUGGGCGGAAUGUCCGAGGAGGAAGAAUUCAAUUCGCUCGACAAUGGCGCCAAGGUCAGAAAGUACAUCGUCAAACUUUGCGUCUGGCGCGAACCACUCAUUGUGGACUACAUGAGCAUCAUCGACAAGCAGACUAGUCGCUUCCAGGCUCUCCAUAACGGCACCAAGCCGGCCCCUCGUGUACGAGUCGAGACGCCAGGCAAGAGAUAUGCGCCUAAGGGGCUCCCGGCAUGCUUGUACAACUCUGAGUGGAUGGCCUCGCUUUCCUUAUUGGAGUUGAAGGAGUUGAAGAUUUCCAAGAAGGUAUUCGCUUUGUUCGUUGCAGCGACUAGUAGGAUGGCAUAG